GUGGAGACCCUGGUAGUAGCUGAUAAAUCUAUGGUGGCUAAACAUGGCCAACAAAAUAUAACUACUUAUAUUCUUAGCAUUUUUAAUAUUGUAUCUAAAUUAUUUGAAGAUAACAGUCUUGGUAAACCAGUAGAGAUUUUAUUAGUUGGAUUAGUAUUAUUAGAAGAUAAUGAGCCAGGUCUUCAUAUCAACAACCAUGCUGAUUACACAUUAAAUAGUUUCUGUCAAUGGCAGUCAACUCUGAGUGAUUCCACUGGUCGAAGACAUGAUCAUGCUAUUUUAUUAACUGGUCUAGAUAUCUGUUCUUAUAAAAAUUCACCAUGUGAUACUCUAGGAUUUGCCCCAAUCAAUGGUAUGUGUAAUCCAUUAAGAAGUUGUAUAAUGAGUGAAGAUUCUGGUCUUGCUACAGCUUUUACUAUUACUCAUGAAUUAGGACAUAAUUUUGGAAUGUUCCACGAUGGUGAAGGUAAUGAAUGUAAGUCACAAGGUGGUAAUAUCAUGGCACCAACAUUAACAGGCAAUAAAGGGAUAUUCCAGUGGUCAUCUUGUAGUAGAGACUAUUUUCUUAGAUUUCUCAACACCGUCCAAUCCACAUGUCUGUCUGACAGACCUGAUUCUAUAGCAGAGUUCAAGUUUCCUGAAAAGUUACCAGGAGAACUGUAUGAUGCCACUACUCAGUGUAAAUGGUUAUUUGGAAAUGAUGCUCAAGCUUGUUUAUAUGACUUUGGUGAUAAUAAAAUGUGUCAGAGUUUAUGGUGUUAUAGAAGUAAUCAUAUGUGUGAGACCAAGUUUUUACCAGCAGCUGAAGGUACAGAAUGUGGGUUAGGGAUGUGGUGUAGACAGUCGCGCUGUGAGAGAAAAGUGUUCAGAAAUAAAGAUGUAAAUGGUGGUUGGUCAGACUGGACAUCCUGGACUCUCUGUUCUCGAACUUGUGGGGGAGGAAUACAGGAAAGAUCAAGAAAAUGUAACAAUCCAAAACCAGAAUAUAAUGGUAAACCUUGUCUAGGAGAUAGUCAGAUGUAUAAACUAUGUAACAUUCAGGAAUGUAAAGACAAUAAAGACUAUAGACAAGAACAAUGUGAAGACUAUAAUAGAAAGUUAUUCAGAGGCUGGUAUUACUCAUGGAAAAAAUACAAAAAAUAUAUUCAAAAAGUUGAAGAUCAGUGUAAACUGUACUGUCAAGCUGAAGAUUAUAAUUUUUUCUUUGCUCUGAAUAAUAAAGUUAAAGAUGGUACUCUAUGUAGUGAUUAUAGUGAUAGACGAUGUAUUAAAGGAUCUUGUAAGGAUUAUGGUUGUGAUCUAGUAUUUGAUUCGGAAACCCAUCAUGAUAGAUGUGGUGUAUGUCAGGGAGAUAACUCUACUUGUAGUUUGAUAACUGGUGUUUUUAAUGAUCAAAUCAGACAGAAUGCAUAUCAACAUAUCAUAACCCUACCUAUUGGUGCCAGAAAAAUCAAAAUAGAGGAAACAAAACCAUCGAGUAAUUAUCUGGUAUUACGUAAUAAAUAUGGUGACUAUUAUAUCAAUGGUAAUCGACAGAUAUCUACGCCAGGGGUUUAUAAUAUCGGUGGUUCUCGCUUCCAAUAUGAAGACACAGACCAGCAGGAGAAACUAGAAUCGGAUGGUCCUUUAAAGGAAUACAUUGUUUUGGAGAUGCUGUCGCGAGGUGUGAAUUAUGGUAUAAAAUAUGAAUAUUCAUUAGAUAAACGACUAUCGAGGAUAUCAAUGGAUGAAUAUCAGUAUAGUUAUAGAUGGAAUACCAUAUUGUCAACAUGUUCUCAUAGCUGUGCUGGGGGGAUACAGAAUGUAAGUGUAGAAUGUAUGAGAUCUGAUAAUAAAGUUGUCAAUGAUUUAAACUGUGAUGAUAAUAUUAAACCUAGUACCCCACCUAGACAGUGUUCAAAAUCACCCUGUCCUGCCAGAUGGGAAACUUCCAAUUGGGGAGAAUGCUCCAAGAAGUGUGGAGGUGGGAAACAAAAAAGAACCAUUCGAUGUUGGCAGAAGAUAUCACAAGAUAAAGAUAUUAAAAUCAAACCCAGAUUCUGUAAACAUAUUCCAAAACAAUCAAAGAAAAGAUAUUGUAAUCAACAUGAUUGUAAACCAAGAUGGAUGCCAGCAAAAUGGUCACAGUGUUCAGUAACAUGUGGUCAAGGACAUAAAACAAGAGAUGUGUCAUGUAAAAAGAAAACAGUACAAGGCAAUGUAGAAAUAUCUGAUACUCAUUGUAAAGAUCUUGCACGUCCAUCUCAGCGUAAACAUUGUUAUCGUAGAGGCGCGUGUUUACUACGACUCAAUGAGAGAGUUAUCUCCUACCAAUGGUUGAUUACUUCUUGGGGAAAGUGUUCAACAACCUGUGAUAACGGUAUAAAGAGAAGAAUGUAUCGCUGUAGUCGUGUAGCUAGUAGAGGUCAUUAUAGAAGAGUCUCAGACUAUUACUGUCAGAAUGUUCACAAACCCAGAAAUACACCACUAAUAACUCAUUGUUUGCUUCCACCUUGUCAGAAAUCUAUCUGGAAAACUGGACCUUGGACACAGUGCUCAGUAUCUUGUGGGGAGGGUAUGAACUUACGAACAGUACGCUGUGUAGAUAAUGUAGGUAAUACCACUAACGACUGUCCUCUACCAAAACCAGAUUCCAAAAAAAAUUGUCAGCAGUCAGCUUGUUUUAGUUCUAGUCAAGGCCAGUCUUCCUGUAGUGAUGAAUUUCAAUGGUGCCAUUUAGUGCCAGUUCAUAAAAUAUGUUCUCAUUCAUAUUAUGGUAGUAAAUGUUGUAAAUCAUGUAGAGGACACAGCUGAUUGGUUCAUAUUUGGAGGUAAUGGGUCAUGGUUCAUUGCAGGAUCUGGAUUCAGAGCUCAGAGUUCUUAGCUGAUUGGUUCAUAGUGAAAAGUUCAUAUUGGUUCAUUUUGUACAGGUCAUAGUUCAUUUAUAAGGUCAAUGCUGACUGAUUGGUUCGCCACCGAAAGUUGAUUGGUUCAUUUUGUAGAUGUUGUGGUUCAUUGCAACAGUUAGAGCAGAUUGGCUCACCAUUGAUUGGUUUACAGUUCAUCAGUUCAUCAAGAUGGCUUCAUUGGAGUCAAAGGCUUCAAAAAGUCUUUUUAACGUGUUAGUCUAUUGUAGAGGAAGGAAAUCAUUUAUUACAAAACUGAAAAAAAUUAUGAUAUCAAUGAAUUUAAAGAAGAAUAUAUUUGAAGAAGAAGAAGAC